AUGAGUCUAUCGAUCGUGUCUUCGGUCAGCGGCGGGUGUCUUGCAGAUCGCGUUAUCCAAACAUGGUCAUUAUCAGAGACCAUAUUUGGCCUGGCCAUAGUCCUGUCUGUCUACUUGGCUUUAGUCGUAAAAAUACUACCGUCGUUCAUGAAGCAACGCGAACCUUACAAACUGAAGAGUUUGCUUUUGUUUUACAACUGCUUUCAAGUCGCUUUCUCUGCUUAUUUGGUUUUUAUUUAUUCCAGGUAUAUUCUAAGAUACGGUGUGAUUACAAAAAGAUGUCCCAAAGGUGAAGAUUUACAAGCGGUUAUCAAAGAAAUCUAUCCAUAUUUCAUAGCAAAGCACCUUGAUCUACUAGAUACUGUAUUCUUCGUUCUAAGAAAGAAAGACAACCAAGUGACUUUCCUUCAUCUUUACCACCACAACACCAUGGUGACUUGGACCUGGCUCCAUUUAAUGUACCAUCCCACAGAUCACUUUGUGGUGGUCGGCAUGUUGAAUAGCUUCGUUCAUGUGCUGAUGUAUGCUUAUUAUGGGAUAUCGUCUUUGGGCCCGAAGUAUGCUAAGUUUGUUUGGUGGAAGAAACAUUUGACUAAAGUGCAACUGGUGCAGUUCGUCUUAGUUACUUCUCACCUGCACUACCAGCAGAAGUUGACACCUUGUCCUCUACCAACGUUUUUCCAUUACUUCUGCGUGUCACUUAUUUGUUCCUUUUUCUUAUUGUUCAUGAAAUUCUACGUUCAGAGCUACAGAGUUAGAAAGGAGAGGAAAGCGAACGAUUUAAAUGUGGGAAAUAAGUUAGGCGAGGAGCGAUUGUUAAAGGGCCUUUGA